AUGUGCGAGGCUGGAGAGCCUCUGUGUCGAGAGUACAACAUCGCGCUCAGCUGGAAGGACCUGAAGGUGGCGGUUCUCAGCGAGCGAGCUGCCAUUUCUGCUCUUCAAAAUGUUGCCCAGUACAUCCGCGAGUGGAAUCGUAAGACUCCUGGACCUCCACUGUUCCAUUUGACUGAUCAAGCUGCGACGUUCGAGUUCGCUCGAGAGUACGGAUUAAACAGCGCUAGUAUGAACGCUUUGUACGACCGCGACGUUGAGUGCUGGGAAAGCCACAUGCAGAGCAAGUGGCGCAAAAUCGAGCACAAGAAGCAAGGAGCAGUUCGUCUUCGGGCCGAAAUUCGCGGUGAACAGCAAAAUUUGCGCUCAAAGCAGAGCGAGCUGGAAGACGAAGAAGAGCGCUUGCGCAUACAACACCCGAACGCUUACAACUACGGGACCCGUCUUCGAAGGCAGUUGAAGAAACAGAUCCGUCAGAUUUCGGCCGAAAUUGAGCGGACGAAGGCAGCGCUGAGCUCGACGCUGGUUGUUCUGUCGUACCCGGUCAGACCCCUCCCUCCGUCAAAGGCCGACGCUCUUCAGAUUCUCGGCAAUUUGUGUCUGACAGCGCAGCGAGCCCUUGCUCCAGCUCAAAUGUCGGCUCGGUCUCGAGAGAGCUCUUCAACAUGGGCGGCGUUCUACUCCGAACGCGCGCCGUCCAAGGCAUUUGCUGCAUCAGCGGCGGUAUUCACGAAGCCCGAAGAGUUGGAGAAGACCUCAUUCAUCGCCCUCGGAUCUCUGCGCGCGUCCCCGAACCAGCAGUUCCGUAAGCUGCAAUGCGCGCUACUUGACGACACUCUCUCGUGGUCGAAUCCCUUAGUGGAGACCAUCGUGCGACAGUCCCUUUACCAGGUCGAGGAUCUUACGGACGAGCUUGAGCCUCAAUUACCGUGGAAGACGGACAUGCUCCAGACCAAGACCAAGAAUGGACUGGAGACUUUCUGCAUGACACUCCAAGGCAUCGCGGACAAACUGGAGCAGACGCCGCGCAGUUUUGAGUGCGUCCCGCUUCUGAUUCACGGACGACGCGAGUUGAUCGUCUUGUUCCGCAAUUCGUUGUGUUGCGCCGGCGUGAACUUGCCGUCGACUGAGAAGAUGCGUCUGGUGGAGAGCAGCAUUGAGGAGAUGAUGGCUCGUCGAAUAACGGACGUGGUCGCGUACGUGAGGCAGCGUGGUGUUGACAAGGUCCUUACGGGUCUGGCGCGCUUGGUCAGCGAGACGUCUCCUUCACACUUGAGGUGGAGCGAGUUUGGCUAUGUAUCUGGGGACAGUGCGCUGUUUGGAAGCUGCUACGAAGCUGUGGAUCCAGAGACGAACACACACUACGCCAUCAACUUGUCCACAGGAAGUGUCCUCACGGAUGGCUACACCCCGGGAGGGCUUCCUACAGCUAUCCGAGAUCACGAGAGGUUCCAAACCCUGUUCAACUGCUGCAAUUUUGAUGUUUUCUACUGGAACGGCGUGAUGCGAACGGAGCGCAAAUGCUACGACCGCUUGUACGACUUCGCGCUACACGAAGACGGAGAUUUGUUCGUCCAGGAGCUCACCACGAACGCGUCAGGGGCAAUCACCAGCUCACUCCAAUUGUGUUCUGAACGUUGGAUAGAGAAGUUUGGCAGGAGCUUCCCGUCACGACUGCGUGAGUUGUAUUCGCACUGGCACUGGGCGGAGCAGAAGUGCGUCCUUCUUCGGCCGAAGGCUGCGAAGGACAGGGGCGUCUUCUUCGUGGCGAAAUAUGGCGAUGCUGGUGGUCGGUUAAACUGCUACAAGGUGCCGUUCAGUGAGAGGAAGUCUCCAUACCAAGAGAUUGUAAACAAUCUUUCAGCCUACGACUGCUUCAUCCAGAGAGAUGAACCGCUCUUAUCGGUCUUGUACGUGCUCAAGAAGUUCGAGUAUGAGCAGUUCCUGCACCCUCUUUAA